GCAUCAGCUGGGCUAAGGAGGACAACAGCUGAGCUAACGGAUGGUAACCAAGACAACGGUAGCUCCAGCAACAAUAACCCUGUAACCGACUCUCCCACUCCUAUAGAGCCAACAAGUUCAGAUACCAUGGAGAUCAGCUCAUCACCACCGCUAACAGACAUGGAGAGAGAAAACUUGGCUAGCUGGCACAUCCAGGAAGUGCUCCAUGGGGGGCAGCAGCCAAUCACAGAUGAGCAGGAUGAGGAAGAGGCUGCAGAGAAAGAAAAUGGAAAAAUAAAUGAAGAUGAAGAGUGUGAUUACCUUGUUUUUGAGAUAGGAGAGCAGAAGGGAUGGCACAAAGGAGAAGGAGAUGAAGGAGGACAAGACACAGAGACAAAAGGAGAGGAGGAAGAAUAUGGAGGAAGAGGAGACACAGAAGGAAAGGAAGAAGGGACAGGAGAAACAGAGAGGAAAUAUGAAGGUAGAGGAGACACAGAGAGAGAAGAUGGAGGAAGAGGAGACACAGAGAGGGAAGAUGGAGGAAGAGGAGACACAGAGAGGGAAGAUAGAGGAAGAGGAGACACAGAGAGGGAAGAUGGAGGAAGAGGAGACACAGAGAGGGAAGAUGGAGGAAGAGGAGACACAGAGAGGGAAGAUGGAGGAAGAGGAGACACAGUUGAGAUGAAGGACUUCUUCAGUCCUUCAGCAUCAGAGCCCAUGACGGCCACCCUUGAUCCUUUAGACACCUGGGGUCACGACCCCGACAACAGAGAUGACCUUAGCGACAGUCACCUUAGCGACUACCUCCAAGCUGAGCUGGCUGUCGUGUACUCGGACAGCGAUGCAGGGGAGGACCAAUGGGCUGGCUCCACGCCCUGUCAUGUCACUAACCAGGAAGAAGCAGAUGCAGAGGUUCAUGAUGGAGAAAGCAUGGAAGAGGAGAAAGGCUAUGAGGCAGAAGUAGAGAAUGUAACAGAGGUGCAGAGAGAGGAGGAAGAGGAGGAGAGGAGGAAUGAUGAUGAGGAGCAGAGGAGGUCGGGGAGAGAUGUUUUCAUGCGGACUCCUUCUGUCAACUCCACUGCCAGCUCCAUAGACCCUGACAGGAAGGUUCCUGCAGACUUCUGUGUCCGGAUGGAGAGCCACAGUGAAAAUGUCUCCAACGAGCAUGUGGACUUCCUGUUGGCCCGACAGCAGUGGAGGAAUAUGGAGAAAGAGGUCAAAGGUCAGCCGAUCCCCAAACCAGGGCUCAGAGCCCAGGGGAGCUUCCAGGGCACCCACACAUCACUGUACCCCCCCACACGCAGCCCCCGAAUCAAACACAGGGAGAUCCAUCCGGCCCCAGUCCCCAGGGAGCCCCCCCUGGCCCACACCCUGUCCCCCAGUUCAGAGGACUCGGGCCUGGACGACGUGUCGUACCGCAGCCCGAUGGAGGAGCCGGAGAGCGCCGUGGAGAGAGAGAUCCGGCUGACCCUGGAGAGAGAGGAGCGGCACCGCAGGGAGCGGGGGGGGGUCUCACACGGCCUCGCUAUACCCAGGCCCUCCACCCUGCAGACAGGACGGUCUCCACCCAGACCUCCAGCCUGCCGGACCCCCACCCUGUCCAUCUCCCCCUCUCCAUCCUGCUCCUCCUCCCUCGCAAGGUCUGGCUACCAUGAAAUGACAGCCAACAACGUCAUCAUCCUGGAGCCGGACUGCUCAGGCUCCGCCUCCAGGAACCGCUUACUCUCCUCCGCAAUCGGGGGCCUCUCUGAUUGGCCAACAAGCCAGAACGUGAUGCCAUCUGCCAACGUCAUCGUUGUGGAAACCUCCAAUCUCAUAAUUCGCAGCGCUUCAGAAUUCUGCCUAAGCUCCGACUCGGUGUCAAUGGAACCGCAGGAGAGCACCUUCUCCUCCAAUCCGUUCUUCAAGCUGCGCUCCAUCAGCAGCCAGUCGCUGGUGGAGCAGGAGAUCCGCAUGGUGAGGCAGAGGGAGGAGGAGUGGAGGAGGCAGAAGGAGGAGAUGUGGAGGAAGAGGAGGGAGGAGGACUGGAAGAGAGGAAGAGAGAGGUACAACACGGUGCUGGUGUCUCCAGGCCUCAACGACAGCAUCAGCUUCAGCGUACCAGAGGUUCCAGACAGAUGUGUCUCCUCCCCUUCCUCCCCUUCCAGAAACCGCAAAAUGGAACGAUCCAGUUUGUCUUGUGACCACAAGUUCCCCUCCUUCCUCUCUUCGGUGCCGAGACGACAGAACUCCAUGGCGCAGCGGUGGGAGGCCUCCCUAUUAGCCAAUCAGAAGAAGGAAUGAGCAACAAUAACGCUGAACUGUCAGCCAAUGAAAAACCCAAAUGAAGCUCCACGCCUCCUUCAGUCCGUCAGCAGCUGAUGUUGGGCUCAGUUGUGGCUUUAAUCUGAUUGGUCCGUUGUGUUGUCUGUUGGACGUCCUGUGACAAGAGGACUGUUUUCAUUUAGUGAGCUUGUUCCAAAGAUGAAGGUCAUUAUCCUAGAUAAGGUUUCCAAAAUGCUUUCAAAUCAAAUGUCUGCAGACGUUGUUCUUAUAACUUGUGUGGACUCCCAGGAGGCGCAUCCCAAUAAUAACUGAGUAUGAAAUGGCAAUCAUAUUUAUACCACUGUUUUUUUAAAUGUGACCUGGACUUUAUGGAUUUUAGAAUCUGUGGUAUUCUCCUUUAAUAUUCACAGCACUUUGAUUUCUAGAUGUUCAUGAAUUAUUCUACUUCAACUAUUGGUAUUUGAUUUUUAUGAUAAUCCCUUGUGAUGUGGGGAUAAUAAAAUCAUUUUUGACUUUAUUUUAAAUAGAUCAAACACCGCUUAUUUAAAAAAAUAUUGUAGCUAUGCAUAGAUUUGAGAAGGUACAUGCAAAAAUGAGUUAGCAUGUUGUGUUCUUUUCAAAUGACAUUCAUGUCUUUUGAAAAGGUCCAUGCUAGAAUUUGAACAUCACUGUCUGUGUGAAAUGUUAUUAUAAGCCAUCAUUCAAAAGAGUUGCAGGUCAUGCUGGCUGCUAAGUACUAAAUAACAAAUAAGUCACACAGGGGAGCUUCUGGAGGCUCUUCUCUAAGAGGGAUUGGUUGUAACCCAGUAAGGAGGAAGCCAUUUUGUGGGAAGAGAAAACAUAUUCUCUUUUCAGGAAUAUUGUAGUCUCGUAGUUUCAAGCCAUGCUUGUUGUCUUUACUCGCUCUACACCACAGAGCACUUUCUGAUGUGUGUGACAAAACCAAGAAGAAUACAGCCUCAAGUUGAGCUCAUUUUGAAAACAAUGAAACCUUUAUCAGCUAGCUACCUUCAGUAAUAUUAGUUAAGGUUAGCCCCGUUUACCCCUUUGCCUUCCACAGAAACGUGUGAACACAGCCUCUUAUGUUCCAAACUACACUGAAGUCUAAUCCCAGAGCUAGCAGGGCUGUACCAAGUGUGUUUCUUUUGAACAUUGGAAGCUUCUAUUGAGGUCAGCUAAGUUAGCUUCCAACACCUCUUGUGAUAUAAGAAUACAACCAAAAUCCUCUAAUGAUCCCUUAGAGCUAUUUAAAAAAAAAUCUCAAUAUGGAUGCCUGACACCUAAUAUGUUUGCUGCAUAGGCCUACAUACAUGCUAGCUAGCUUACAGCUCAUUUCUGUUUGGUUGGUACAUGAGGUGUUGGUAGGGUUGCCAACCGUCCCGUAUUAGCCGGGACGUCCCGUAUUUGAGCCAAAAGGGGCGUGUCCCGUACGGGACAUUGUUUGUCCCGGACUCCCGUGUAAAGGGAAAAAUCAAAAAUAUGUUUCUGUUUGUGCGCAAUGCAGUGUGUCUGGCUGCGUGCCUGUGUGUUUGUUUGCUGUAUGUGAAGGGCACUAGGACCGCUCAGUGGACAGGGCAGGCACAAUGCUCGCACGUGUGUGAGAGAUUUUCUCCGGCGGGCCGCGGGCGCGGCAUCAUUGUUUGUGUGUGGCAUGUCAGCCUGUUCAGUCGUGUGGGAAAAUGAGCGCUGCCGGUGGAGGAGGUGAUAAAGAAAGAGGAGAAGAGAGAGAGGAUGUGGUUCUGGGCCCUGGCCCUUCUAAAAAGAAAAGACUUGUGUCUUACAACAAACAGUGGAAGAAAAACACAGUUGGGUAAAGCCUGUGAGUG